CUGAGGGGAUUGAGCAGAACUGAAUUCUGAAAACUUGGUGAAUUUAGAUGCUAAUAGAAAAAAGUUUGUUCCCAGAGUGAGCUUAAAAAGUCCUUUAUUUACGAGUGAAAUGGCAAGUGAAAUCUCCCUUAUUUGUAUGUCUCAAGUAUAUGGCUUUGAGUUUGAUAAAAUGCCAGUAAGUGCUAGAGGAUGUUCCUUGGGGCAGGUUGUCCUCCUGCUGUGUUAAUCGGUGGAGGAAUCACUGAUUUAUAAGCUGUGAAAACUGGUUGGGGUUGUUGCUCUGGGAAUAAGUAUUUUGAGGAAAUGAUUAAAAAGGUAUAACUUUCAAAUUAGUUGAUGCCUUUGCCAUCCAGAAUGGUAGAUUUUCAAUGUAAAAAAAAAACCCUGAACAUAUCUGAGUGUUGCCAGUUUUGCAAGACACUCACCAUAUUUUUUCCCCUACAUCAGAUAUGCCUUGGUGAUCACCUCAGAGUGCUUGGAAAGCUCUCAAACUUUGCACUUCAGUCUCCAAUGUUCAAGGUGACUGGUUUAACUGAGCUUUAGAGAAGCAUUUAGCCAAAGCUGCCUUGUUCAUGUCUUCACAGGCGGAUUGAUCAGGAGGCAAUGCCUUACUGCUGGAGGAGGACACAUUUAACAGCUCCUACUGAACCAGGGCCUGGGCGCCACAGCCACGCUCAGCCCUGUGUUCUUGCUGUGUAAGACAUCUGUGUCGGGCUGUGCAGAGCUAGACUAAAACUUUUUCGUGCUCAUUUUUAGGGACUGCCAAAGUCUCAGAAAUGAUGCGAUUUAAUCCAAUUUUAACUGAAAUCUGAAUGUCUGUCAUAGUUCUAAUUUGUCUUUUGUUGGGGACAAAGGUGUCGAACAACUAUUUGUAUGGAAGCACGAGAGCCUCAGAUUAGGCACCCCAAGUCCCUUGAACGGCUGGCUGACCUGUGCUCCCCAAGCAGGGGCCAGCAGGUAGCAGAAGGGAGGAUGCUGAUGGGUGAGGUCCAUGCCAGAGCUGACAUUUUGCAGGGAACACCACUUCCCGUGCCCUGCUCUCCAGGGCAAGUGAGCACCAGGGCUGGUUCGGCAACAGAUUUGGGAUUCGCAGCUCACAAGCACAGAAGACAGAACAUCUCCUGAUGCCCCGUGGUGGCCGGGUUACAUAAAGUCACUUGCAUAACCUCAGCAAGUGCAGUCAGGGUCUCUCUCUAUGCCAAAUUAAGGCUCUCUGGGGUUUAUCUCGCAUUCACGCUCUGUUUGAAAUUGCGCUUUCGUUCUCCACAAAUCCCAGCUCCUUCUACACCAAGUGCCUGACCACAGAGCUCGCAGGGCUGCAGGGGUUCUCUGCUUGGCCUCGUGUUCCCAUCACCUUGCAGCCAGAGCAUCUGCUUGACUUCCAGCCCAAUCUGCUGCAUUAAUUGCAGAAACUUUCCUUCUAGCAUCCCAGAGAACUUAAUCUUGAACCUUGGCCAGGGUGGUGGUCUCAGAUAUGGGGAAGCUUGUUCCUUUUGUCAGCAGUUAAAGCCUGGAGAGUCUCAGAGAAGCCAGACUGAACUUGGGAGGAAGGGUUUCUUCUUGGCAAACAGGAGAAUGGCUGUUAGACACAAAAGAAGAAACUUUUUUUCCAGAGCUCUCUCUCCAUGGCAAGUAUUCUUAAUUACCGCAGAGUAAUUACGAGUGGAUGAAAUCCAAGCCCCUGCAGACUGUUUGGUCACCAGUCAGUGACUUCACUUCGGGCUGGGUUUCAUUCACACUCUUCAGUCCAUGAAAGACCAAGCUAAUGCCACGAAUAGCAAAAGAUAAAGCAGGUUUUUCUUGGAAUGGUUUUUGUUUGUUUUUUCAACUUCCACAACCUGAAGCUUUAACAGCAUAAUUAAGCAGAGCUAAAAGCCUCUUCCCAGCACCUUCCCAGCCCUUCUGCUGAUGGUGGGGUGGAUUUGCAAUGCUGGGGGACACCAAGGCCAUCUCAGCCAGAGGCGAGCUGCUGGGACAGGUCCUGCCCCGCACUGCUGGGCAGCAGGUGAGGAGCACCCAAACCUCAGCAUCACUUACAGGAAAGCAUCUCCACUGCUUUUCCAGUGCCUUGGCUCCCCAGACUGGUGCUGGCUCUGGUUCAGCAGAACCAGCUCGUUCAUUCAGGUUCACUUCUGAGCGCAAGGGGAGCGCUGGAAUCUGGGUGUUCGGGGCUCAGACCUCUCACUGGGGGGAGGCUGGGUCUGUCUGCGAGAAACGAGCACGCGGAUGAUAAACGCUGCCCAUGAAAUAUUAAUGCUUAAUAGAGCCUUGCCAGAUGAGGCAUGCAUUGUAAUGAUACCACCCAUCAGGGGGGAGUUAAUUGAAUCAAUGAGGUGAACAGCGGAGCCGCCCAGCAUAUGUUGGGGUUGCAGUCAGCCCGGGCGGUGCAGGGGGACCCGUGUCACUCUGCACAGCGUGGCUGUGCCGCUGCGCCCGCCAGGGGAUUUGAGGGGAAGUGGCCAAUGAGGGGCCGAGCCAGCUCCAAAUCCAGCUUUUUGCAAAGCCCCAGAUAAAACAGACUUCCAUUAAUAAGGCGAGAAAGGUUAGGACGAGGAGCAUUACCGCAAAUCUGGAGAGCUGUCCAUGAAGGAGGUGGGAGACGGGCUGCACGAGCAGAUGAACUGCAUGAUGGGUGCGCUGCAGGAGCUGAAGCUCCUCCAGGUCCAGACGGCGUUGGAGCAGCUGGAGAUCUCGGGGAGCCGAAGCACCAGCACAGAGCAGCGCCAGUGCUGCCGGAGCAGUGGAGCAGGGCCACGGGGCCGGGCAGCAGCAGAGGGCUGCAGCCCCACAUCCCUCACAUGCGUGGUGCCACAGCCGGCCAGCUUGCCCCAUCCCACUGUGCUCCCAGAGAGUGGCCACCUCGGGGACACCUCUUCCUCCUCCUCCUCCUCCUCCAGGAGCACCUGUGGCAAGGUUGCCUCCCACACACAGGCACCUUCCUCGGCCCCAGCCAGAGCAGAGCGCGUCCACCCGAGGACAUUCGAGCCCAGCAGCCAGGGCAUGGCUGGGGGGUGGCCGACAUGCCAGGAAUGCCCGGGGUGUGAUGAUGGCCACGACUGGACGUCCUCCCUGAUGUCCCAGAGCAGGAACCGGCAGCCUCUGGUCUUGGGAGAUAACAUCUUCGCAGACCUGGUUGGGAACUGGUUGGAUCUGCCAGAGCUAGACAAGAAGGGGGAGAAGAGCGAGGCCUCCCUGUCUGCCAGCAGGUCCCAGGAGCUCUGCAGGAAGUUCUCCCUCACAGCCAACAUCUUCAAGAAGUUCCUGAGGAGCGUUCGGCCAGACCGAGAUAGGCUUCUCAAGGAAAAACCUUGCUGGCUACCGCCUGAAGACAAACAACCUGAUAUUUCCAAAAGACCCAAAAAGAUGAACAAACUCAAGGGGACAUUUUACUUCCCACUUCAUGGGAACAUCCAGAACCACCACAACAAAGUGGAGAGGUGCCUGAAGGUAGAAGGUAGUAUCAAGAAACCCAAAACUGGCACCAAGAAAGUCCACGAUACCAUAGACUAUACCCAGUCUGGGUUUGAUAUCAACACAGCCGUUUGGGUCUGAGUUUGUCAGUGUCCCCCGCUCUGCCAAACAUUUCUUGCACCAGGGAGGAGCUGAGGCCAUGCACUUCUCAGGAGCCCCCUGAGCUCUCGGCCAAGACCGAGAGGUCUCUGCAAAGCAUGCCAUGCCAUGGCUCCAGUCACCUGCACAUGGCAUCUCCCAUUGAGCUGCAGCUUCAGGCACAGCCCGAGCAGCAGCUGGCACAGCCCCACACACUGAGGCAGCCCAUGGGGACUGUUGUUUGCAGAAAUAAUCAGAACUGUUGGCAGCUUUUAGGGUGAGCGGUGCCACAGAUAGCGGCUCCUGGAGUCUGCCUCGUGACAGCGCCUUCAGGCCUAUUCAGGUCAUCUCCAGUUACAAUAGCUGCAGCACAACAUUCACUGUGUGCAUGUGAGUGUGCAAAUACAUAGUUUUUUUUUUUUUAAAUAAUUCUACUGCUUGUGUGCACUUAAAACUGGGUUAUAAACCUGGCAAUUCUAGCAGUGAUCCUGAAGGACGUGUUCUUCACAUCUGAUGGCAGAUUAAGUGCUGCCAUCUUCUAAAUUCAAAGAAUUGCUACAUGCAGGUGUUGAAUCCCAGCUCUGUUGCAUUUCAGCUGUUUCUCAUCCCCCCAAGCUGCAUCUCCAUUGUGCUCAUAGCACCUCUCCUUCCCCCUCCUGCUAAAUCAGUGGGACUGGAGGUUCCUUCCAUGGACAUCUGUGACACUUGGAAACUUCAGCUGCUUUCGCCUCUCUCUCCAUGCCCUUCUCCCCAGGGCUCAUAUUGAGAUACAGCAUUGCCACAGAUGUUUAUUGUUAACUUUGCACUGUGACACAGAAUUGCAAGAGAUGUUUGUUGUUGUUUCCCGUGCUGUUGUGUACAAACCUUGUCCUGAAAGAACCAAGUUCUUCAGCAUCCAGCUCUCCAAGAGCUACAAAUAAAGCAGCAUUGUCCUUG